AUGCCUGCUUACCUCGCUGAGCUCGGUUACAAGAACCCUGACCAGCCGGACAACACCCUCUCACAUUAUGCGACGGGGACCGACUUCUUUGCGUAUCUACGCGGUGACACUGCCCGCCUUACUCGUUUCAACUCUGCUAUGAAAGGUGCCGCAACAUUGCUCGCGAGCCCCAUCCCAGACUCCCUGCUCGAAUCUGUAGCAGAUGGAAAUGGUGUGGCAAUGGUCGAUGUCGGUGGAGGACAUGGCCAAGUUACGCAGAAGGUCAUGGAAGAGAAUCCGCAUAUCAAAGCCCGCUUCGUUGUGCAGGAUCUCGGCGCUAUCAUCGAGGAGGCACGUGCCAGAAAUCCGAAAUACGAGGUCAUGGAGUAUGACUUUUUCACUCCACAACCAAUUCGCGGAGCACGCAUCUACUUCAUGCGCCGUGUCUUGCACGACUUUCCGGACUCCAAGUGCCGCGAGAUCCUGAGAAACCAGAUCCACGGCAUGGUCAAGGGCCAGUCAAAAUUGCUUGUCUGCGAGACCGUCCUGCCCGCUGUGGGAUGCAGCGGCUUCGAAUCGCUCGCAGACAUCAGCCGCACCACCUUCAGCUCGAUGCAGCGCAGCGAGAAGCAGUGGACCGCGCUUCUGGCGAGCGUAGGCUUGAGAGUUGUCAAGAUCUGGCCUGCUAAGCAAAAGGGACCAUUUGCUGUUAUUGAGUCAGAGCUUGAAUGA